AGAGAAAGAGAUCGGUAAUAAUCGUCAUCGGACGAGCGUGACAGAGACAGUCGCGCUCGGCUGCUGCAGCCCGCAACGUGCAACGAAAACGCGCGACGCUGAGUUAAACGAAGACGGACAUUGUCGAAGCAGUUGGAGGGAGACAGUUUUUGUGGUAUUAUAUAGCCGUUGUGAGUAGCGGGAGGAGAGAGACGAGCGAGAAGCAAAGAGAAAGAGAGAGAGAGAGAGAGGGAGGUAUUGCCAGGCGCGCACACGGCAUGAACGUUCAGUGGCAUGUCUCAAACACUCGGCAUGCUCGUAGCUGAUGCGAUUACUAGUUCCGCCAGAAACGAGAAAAUCGUUUUCGUCGCGUAUUAUAUCGUGAAACAUGGUGUGCACUUGUACCUGGCGAAAUCGUGCGUGAGAACAAGGAUUACUGUUGAACCGAACUGUAAGGAAUCGUAGGUAGGUGCGAGUUUCUCUCUCAUCGGUACCAAAUGAUCGAUGAGAUCGCACGGGGACCAAAUUUUUAGUGCUUGUAUCCCUUCGUGAUAUACGUGAGUGCGCGCUGUAGCUUACUGUAGCUUGUUUUUAUAUAUACAUUACAUAUAUAAUUUAUAUACAGAUAUAUACUGUGAUUAAGAUAUAUAUUAUCAUAUGUGUGUGUAUAUGUGUACGAGCAAAACAAUAGUGGACUGACUUGAUAGCAUUCGGUCAAAAAACUCAACGUACGAAGAAAGUCACAGAAACGCUGAGAGACAGAGAGAGAGAGAGAGAGAGAGAGAGAGGGGAAAGCAUCGAGUGUGCUCACAUUCCUUGCAUACGAAAGACGUCAAGAUCUGCCGCUCGGCCACCACAAGCCGGGACCGACGAAGGAAAAGGGUAUACGCGGUGAAAACGCGUACGCUCUAUCACAACUGUGUGUUGUUGCACGUUGAAACCCCGGCGAUAUAUAGCGUCGCGUUUUUAAAGAAACCUCCAAGUCUCGAAAGAAUCAUCAUCUAUCGUUUCCACAUCUUCGUCGCUGUUGUUGCCCCGCAGCUGCCGCGAAAGACACCGUCGUCUGUCUAUAUAGUGUCGAGGAGCAGAAGAGAUCGCCAAGUUUAUGUAUAUCAGAUAUCGUCGCGUCGAAGCGCGCGUGCGAAUACCGAUAGUUGUGUGAGGAUCGCUGCUGUUUUGCGAACACACACACACACGUUCGUAAUUACUUUUCUAAGGAGAAUUAUCGAACUGAUCAUCGACUGCACAAGUGCGAAGUGAAAAAGACAUCGAGGUGACACCUGACAGAAGAGGGGAUUACACGUACGUCUCUCGGAGAGUGAAAUGACAAGUUGCGCCGGACGACGUGUUCGAUCGGAGAAAGAAUGAGUGCGCGGUAAGAAUAUAUCUCAGAGUGUUGUUGUUGUUGUUGUUGUUGUUUUGUUUCUCUUCGGAUUUCCUACGUACGUAGUGAAGAAGAGGAAGGUCGUGUCUGACGUUAUAAAGAAGAGAUAAUUCGAAAUUCGUUUAAAAGAGAACUUGGCGAGCGCGCGGAGAAAAAUAAUAAAAAAAAAUAAAUAAAAAAAAAAAAAAAAUAAGAAAAGUGAGAAGAGGGAGUCUACAAGAAAAGUGGUGGUGAUGAUACGCGAAGUACAUCCAAUCGAUGCACUCGUGCGAGUGCAACACUACGACACUGUCACUGUCGUCGCUGCUCGCCGCCUCCGGCUGCUACUCCGACGGCCGGCUGUUUUAACGGUGGAAUUCCGCUCGAGAGGAAUCUGAAGGCGGGGACUCUGACGUCACUCCACUCAUGAUAAUGAGGUAUUCAUGAUGGCGGAAUAGUGCGCGCGAGUAGAGAAAGAGAAAGAACGUGCCGCAACACACACACAUGUAUGUACAAAACUGGUGGCUGCGUACAUAUAUAUAUAUAUAUAUAGGGUGUAGUAGGUGAGGGUGUGUGUACGUGUGUGUGUGUGUACAUGUGCAAUACGUUUUUCAUCACUGUCUUCGUUGCACCAGUGAAAGCCGCUCGUUCGCCGUCUCGUUUAUUCCAUUCCGCUGUUCUCUCCGUACCCGGUCGCCCUGUCCUCUCAUUCCUUCCUUUCUCUCUACUCUGUCUCUUUUGUCGUCUAUCUAUUUCACUCUCUCUCUCUCCUGUUUUUCGCGUCACCCGACGAGCGAGCGAGGUGUAUAUGCGGCCCGAGAAGCCCGUGUGUCCGCGCGCGCACAGAUAUGCGUUUGUCGACCGCGCGGCGAUAGAGAGAGGUUUUGGAUGGAUUUAGAGCGCAGUGAAAUAUGCCAAGGAGACGGAAUGGGGAGAUACCGCUUCCGGAAGGGUGGGAUGUCGCCCGGGACUACGACGGAAAGGUGUAUUUCAUCGAUCAUAACACCCGGAAGACUACGUGGAUCGAUCCUCGGGAUAGAUUUACCAAACCUCAGACGUUUGCGGAUUGUAUUGGGAAUGAGCUCCCUCUCGGUUGGGAGGAGGCCUAUGAUAAACACGUGGGCGCCUACUACAUCAAUCAUGUCAAUCAAACAACUCAACUGGAAGAUCCGAGGCAAGAAUGGAGAGCCAUUCAAGAGGCCAUGCUUCGCGAAUAUCUGCAGACCGCACAAGAUGUACUCGAGGCGAAGAAGGAGAUCUAUGACGUAAAACAACAAAGACUCUGUCUGGCACAGGAUGAGUACAAUCACUUGAAUAACGCCUUAACCACCCUUGGUGCGUCACGCACAAGUUUGUGUUCCAGCUCGAGUUCUUUGAGUACUAAAUACGACCCUGACCUACUUAAAUCCGACGUGGCACUUGCCAGAAGUCGAGUUUCUCGAUUAAAGCGAGAACUCGAGCAGAUUCGAGCGGAGAUGAGCUGCACGCAACGAGGCGUGGAUACUCUUGCCAGUGUGGAACAAAAAUUGAGCGGCCAUCAUAGUGGUUGUUACAAUAUCACGGAAGCACAGGCGAUUAUGACGGAACUCCGCAACAUUCAGAAGUCCCUAAGCUCCGGAGAGAAGGAAAAAGCUGAACUGAUGCAGUCGCUAGCGCAGCUCAAGGAUGAAUUGACAAGGCUGCAACUAUGCGAAGGCAGUCCGGAAGCCAGUACGCUCAGUUUGCCGCAGGAAAAGCUCAGCACGGCUUCGCAAACCGAUCUCUCGGGUGAGCUCGUACCGAUUGGUACUCGACUAGCCGAAAUGGCGCGUAUGAGGCUACAGUACGACGAAGCGCGAAAGCGGAUUCAGGACAUUCAGCAGCAAUUAGCAGAUCUCGAAGAGAAGGUCACGCCUGAUCAAUCCGAGAGUGAUAAGGACAAGUUGUUGUUGUUCCAAGAAAAAGAGCAAUUGCUAAGAGAGCUACGAAGCAUUACGCCGCGCACACGAACGCAACAGGAUAUGAAGAAGAUUCAGUGCGAGAUUCGAAAACUCGAACAAGACUUGAAUAACGCGCUCGAGUUAUCGAACAAAACUAUUACCGAUCGUGUUCGCUUGCAUGAGGAGAAGCAGCUGUUGCUGCAACAACUCAGGGAUGCUUUACGCUCGAUGGCAACGCUGGAAGGACAAUUAAAGACUCUCAGUGCCAGUACGUUGUCGGUAAGCAGUAGUUCCAGCCUCGGUAGUCUUAGCACGACCAGCAGCAAAGGAUCCCUCAGCUCCGGAUUAAGUUUCACGGAUAUUUACGGCGGUCCACAAUAUCUAGGAUCAACUAGUUCGCAACAAGAGCGAACAGUCGAUAUGGUGGAUUUACGAUUACGUUUUGAAAGAUUAGUGCGCAAUGAACAGAGCACUCUCGUCAGUACUCCCUCGCCCGGCAGAUCUCAGCCGAGUCUCUCGCCGAGAUCGAGUCUGUCGAGCGUGAGUCCCCCGGUGUCGCCGCUGCACGAGAACGCAUCGGUGGGUCCACCACCUGCCUAUGAACAAGUAGAACUACAGAGAAAACAGCAUCAAAGAGCGGCUGCAAUGGCAGCAGCGACAUCGGCGGCCUUAAGUAGUAGUGCUGUUACGUCGCAUCUGGACGGAAAUCAAUUGGAAGACCGUUUGGCAGAGCUCAGGCUCAGUCAGCAACAGGGAGCAGUACAAGAACAGUUGUGUUCAACUUCUAAUUUGCAAGAUCGCCUGAAACUUGUCGUCGGUCCUCAUCCACCGAUCCAGCUGCAAUCAAACAACAUGUCUCAAGGCAACGGCUUGGGCAGGCCUGGCGCGACCGGCAUGCAGCUACAGCUUCAGAUGCAGCAGGCACCAUUAACGCCGCAGGAGCCGUUGCCUUUAUCACCGAUUAGUGAGACGCCGCCGCCGACUGGAAUUAGAUCGAGAGCUAGCAGCUCCGGUACUAACACUAGAUCUGUGUCCGCCGCAGUUUCUGAUGAAAGUGUUGCUGGGGAUUCGGGUGUGUUUGAGGCAUCCAAUCGAAAGAGAUUGUCUGGCCUAAUGUCCGACGUAGAUUCGCUUCCCGGCGAAAUGAGUUUAGAAACGGCACAAGUGCAAAUCAAAUUAAGGUAUUCAAAGAGCGAUGGAUUGCUUCAUGUUGGCAUCGAACGCGCGAGAAAUCUGGCCGCGCUUUCCAUACCCAAUAACGCGCAAGUAUACAUUAAAGCUGCUUUACUGCCAAUGCAACCGUUUGUCAAUCACACGUGUUGCACAAAAUCAGUUGGAGAUUUACGAAAACCAGCUUUCGGCGAAACGUUUUCGAUUGUUGUGCCGCUCAACAAGCUAUACACGAAGACACUGCAAGUCACACUCUGGUGCACCGAAGCCGAGAAAUGCCUGGGUUCUGCUCAAGUCUCAUUAGCAGACUUCAGUCCAGAAUUUCCUAGUGUAAAAUGGUACAAUAUACUCUCCUUCCGUUUUAUGCAACCAUCUGACAGUCCAAGUAUUAACGUCGGCAUUACUGCGAGCACCAUGAAACAAGCAAAACACGACAAACAAGAAUCUGAUAUUUCGGUUUAUCGAAGCGUGCAAAAUACGAAAGAGGAAAGUAGCGACGAGAGCACGAUAAUUAGCUCUCAGACCUCCACCUUGACGAGGAAUCAAGGAUGCGACGAGCUGCAGACUGCCGUGACUCUGAGACUGGAGGAACUGGCAAAUUGUUUGGAUAGUCCAGAAGAAGAGGAGGAAGAGGAGGAGGAAGAGGAAGACGGAGGCGGUGGUGGAGGUAGCGAAAGCAGAAGCGAGGAUAGUGACAGUGAGGAGGGUAUUAUUGUAGAGUUUGUGACAGACAACAGUGGACUGGAGGAUCUUUUGGAGAACGAGGAAGAUGAAGAAAAUGAGGAAACGAGACAAACGCAAGACAAAGAAACAAACACCGAGUGCGUGUUUAUUCCGGAGCAAGGCAAGCAAAGAAAGUUAUCCGCGGCUGGUGUUAUGCCCGGUGCUAUUCAUGACGAUAAGAACACCAUUGUAAUUAAGAGAAGUCAGACGUUUUCGCCGAGUGCGGCCGUCAGCAAAAAUCAUUACAUCUGCCGCCUCAAUCGCAGCGAUAGCGAUAGCAGCAUGCCGCUUUAUCGUAGGGGCGGGCCUUUCCAAAGGAAUUCUGUGGAAAGACGUUCUUUACGAUGGCGUCGGCCGUCAUCUGCUCUCAGUUACAAAGCCACAUCAAAGAAGUCUCACUUGCCGUCCACAGCGAGAACGUCACUGGAUCUCGAAUUAGAUCUUCAAGCGCAGCACGCUAGGCUGAACAAUCUUCAAGACGAGCUUUGUAGGUUACGAGAACUGAAACAACGAUUGGAACAAGCGCGCGAGAAAGGUGACACCGAUCUAGCGUCUUGGUUGCUUGAAGAUCAGAAGUUUCAAAAUCUAAUGGCGCAAGCCGAAAGUGGUAGAAACGGCAAGAGCGCCGAGGAAAAGAAAGUAGAGAAAAUGCUGAAGAAAACUUCGAAGGAAAUUUAUAAACUAAGAAAAACAAAGGCCGGGAAAGGAAAGCCCGACAUAAUCUCUUUCAAAGAAAAAAUGUCCUUCUUUACGAGGGUGAAUCUGAAUGUUCCUGUUCUACCGCCUGACGAUCUCGGGACCGAUAGUACAUGUGCUACGACAUUGCACACUCACAGAAGAUACGCGUCCGAGCCUGUUAUCAGCGGUCACAGCAUCACGAAUUUGACAACGCGGCCAAACAGUGUUCCCGGUGGAAACGCCUUGUCUACUUUACAGAGAAGCGACACCUCGGAUCAGAACACAUGUGUUGCUACGAGCAUCAAUGAGGAAGAAAUCAACAAUGCUGAUAAGUCCGUUAACGCUAAAAGUCGUUCGGAAGUAGAGUCAAAUGCGCAAACUUCAGAGAACUGCGAGAAUAGCGAAACUUCAAAAUCCACCGAGACAAAUGGCAAUGAAGAGCCAAAAAGGUACGAAUACGUCGUCGACAGAGUUCUCGGUGUGGAAGUGUGAGAACCAGAAGAAGAUUGUGUGCUUUUCGAACCUGUGUAAACGUUCAAAGAUUUUAUUCGCCAAACUUAGUAGCAGGAUAAUGAUGAGCGAGAGAGAAAGUCGCAGAAGCCGCUGCUUUCUAAAUUCUGAAUCCCAGGUGCCAUGCGCAAGGACGUCGUCUUAAGGACGAAGGAAAGAAUGAAGAUCAGCAUUAAAAAUGAUGACGAUGUCGACAAUUUUAUAUUGUUGAGGAAGCAAUUUAUAAAGCUAAACGCGAUCGCGAUAAUCGCGCCGUAUCUAUGUAUGUGUGCGUGCCAAUACUGCGUACUUUUUUUUAAGAAGCGACUCUCUCCUAACGCAGUUAUAGCGAGGAGAACGGCACGUGAGUGCGAUGUGUACAUACGAAAGCGUAAAUUAUUUAAGUAAUAUUCCACGUUAAGCUAUUUAAUUGUUAAUUCGAACCAGUUUCGAGGCAGUUUCACGAAAUUGCGUGACUGCGUGACAACUCCCAUUGUGUGCUUCACAUUGUAUUUUGUUUCCCUUGGUGUAUCCCGAAGCACACGACCCCACCGAGCAGCUGGUCUGCGACUCGAAAAUCUAACGGUAGAAAGCUGCGCCCAGGUUGGCUCGCAAAUUUCGCUCCGCUUUUUUUGGCAUCACCGGUUUUUCAUUUACAAUUGUUCGAGCUUUUCUGGUUCUGAGCUCCCUGUCGUGAGUUUUUUUUUUUUUUUUAAGCAAAACCAUAUAUGUGUCUAACACACACAAGUGUCCUUCACACACGUACACACAUCGAUGUCGGCAAUACAAAUUGAUUACCAACCUGCUCCGCUACUUUGAAAUUUACGACAUAAAAAGUGUUGCGAGUAUAUACACACACGAUAUGUAUAAACUUGACGGAAAAAAAAAAAAAAAAA